GCUCUGCCCCCGGUAGGGGCCCGGGCCCCCGGGGGCCCACUGCUCUGCCCUGGAGCAGCCGCUGACCGUAUAUAAGCGGCACCGAAGAGUGGGGACGGCACAGUCUGUGACGAGUCCGAGCACCGGCCGCAUCCCUCCACUCAUCAUGAAGUUCCUGAUCCUCCUCGCCCUCGUGGCCGCCGUCGCCGCCGACGUGUCUCACCUGUUCGGCAACCAGCACCACCACCACCACGCCGCCCCCGUCGUCAAGAGCUUCGACUCCUUCCCCGCCCAGUCUCAGUACCAGAAGCCCAUCGCCAUCCUGCGCCUGGUUCAGGACAACAGCGGUCUUGGUGACUACAGAUACGCUUUCGAGACCGAAAACGGCAUCCAGGUCCAGGAGGAGGGUGUCCUGAAGAACGCUGGCUCCAAGGACGAGGCUAAGUCCGCCCAGGGCUCUUACUCCUACGUCGGUGACGACGGCCAGACCUACACCGUCAACUGGGUUGCCGACGAGAACGGCUACCGUGCCUCUGGUGCCCAUCUGCCCGUUGCCCCCGAGAUCCCGGAGGCUAUCAAGAAGUCCCUCGAGUUCAUCGCUUCCCAGCCCCAGCAGCAGGACCAGUUCUAAGCAACUGGCUCACCUUAGGAUUACGUACCCCAAUUGCUGUGUUACCUCUACGAAUCGAUUGAUAUGAUUCGUUUGCCAAAUCUGAGUACUGUGUACUCGCCUACUUUUCUGCUUAGUUUGACUUGAGUACCUUUCUAUUAAAUAAACCUAAUGUACAAAUGA